UGGGAAGUGUAGUCCAGAAGUUCCAUGGUUUCGCAGGCACUUCCGCUGGGGGGAGUGUGAGGUUGUUACUGAAUUUUCUUUGGGAGCAGUGCGUCAGUUCCGCCUCUUCGGACGCUUCCAAACUUCCUGGAUCUGUGCUUGGAACCAGCAGCGAGUGGGCGAUUUAGGGGGAAAGAAGCCUGGACAGAGUACGCAGCCUAACUUCUCAAAAAGAGCUGCGCAGAGAUCCAAGGAGUGACUCCUUGACUACUACAGCAAGGUUCCACGCACACCACCAGGUGCAGUUCUGCUUUGUGGGAUCUGUGCAACUCAGGACUUGGCCUACCUACCCCCAGAAGGAGGAGGACACAUGACCAUGUUCAAGGAGACAGUGACGUUCAAGGAUGUGGCAGUGGUCUUCACGGAGGAGGAGCUGGGGCUGCUGGACCCCGCCCAGAGGAAACUGUAUGGAGACGUGAUGCUGGAGAACUUCAGGAACCUGAUCUCUGUGGGAGGAAAGAUCCAAAGUAAGAUGAAGACUGUUUUAGAAGCAGAGCCACCUGAAGAGCAUUCUUGCUGGAGGAUCUGGCAACAGAUUGCAAGUGACUUAAGUAGGUGUCAAGGCUCCGUGAUAAAGAGUUCUCAGCUCCCCAAACAAGGUGAUUCACCUGGACAUGUUGGGGCAGGGCAGUCUACAACUCACACAGGCCAGAAACCUGAUCAGUGCAGUGAAUUUAAGAAAUAUUUCAGUGAUGUCUCCAACUUUGAUCUUCAUCAACAAAUCCACUCAGGAGUAAAGUCUCAUACAUGUCGUGAGUGUGGAAAAAGCUUCUGUUACAGCUCAGCACUUCAUAUUCAUCAGAGAGUUCAUUUGGGAGAGAAACGCUAUAAGUGUGAUGAGUGUGGUAAGGAAUUCAGUCAGAGCUCAUGUCUGCAAACCCAUCAGAAAGUCCACACUGUAGAGAAGCCAUUCAAAUGUGAGAAGUGUGGGAAUGGCUUCUGUCGCAGAUCAGCACUUAAUGUUCAUUAUAAAUUGCACAUGGAAGAGAAACCUUAUAAUUGUGACCAAUGUGGAAGGGCAUUCAUUCAUGCUUCACAUCUUCAGGAGCAUCAGAGAAUCCACACUGGGGAGAAACCCUUCAAAUGUGAUAAAUGUGGUAAGAAUUUCCGACGUAGGUCAUCACUUAAUAGUCACUGUAUGGUCCACACGGGAGAAAAACUGUACAAAUGUGAAGAGUGCGGGAAAUGUUUCUUUUGUAGCUCAAAUCUUCAUAUCCAUCAGAAGGGCCACACACGAGAGAAACCUUAUAAAUGUGAAGAGUGUGGGAAGGGCUUCAUUCAACCUUCACAUUUUCGGGCCCAUCAGAGAAUCCAUACUGGAGAGAAGCCAUAUGUAUGCAAAGUGUGUGGUAAAGGCUUUACUAUGAGUUCAAAUCUUCAGGCCCAUCAGAGAGUCCACACAGGAGAGAAACCAUACAAAUGCGAUGAGUGUGGGAAGAACUUUGGGACAAAAACCCGUUAUCAAGUUCAUCUGGUAGUCCACACAGGAGAGAGACCCUAUAAAUGUGAGGUAUGUGGGAAGGAUUUCAGUCAGAGAGCAUAUCUUCAAUCCCAUCUGAAGACCCACAGUGUAGAGAAACCCUACAAGUGUGAGGAGUGUGGGCAGGGCUUCAAUCAGAGUUCCCGACUUCAGAUUCACCAGCUGAUCCACACUGGUGAGAAACCACACAAAUGUGAAGAGUGUGGAAAGGGAUUCAAUCGUCGAGCAGAUCUCAAAAUUCACUGCAGAAUCCACACAGGAGAGAAACCAUUUAAUUGUGAGGAGUGUGGGAAAGUAUUCAGGCAGGCCGCAAAUCUUCUGGCCCAUCAGAGAAUCCACAGUGGAGAGAAACCAUUCAAAUGUGAAGAGUGUGGGAAGAGCUUUGGUCGUAGUUCACACCUUCAAGCCCAUCAAAAAGUCCACACGGGAGAAAAGCCGUACAAAUGUGAGGAGUGCGGGAAGGGCUUCAAGUGGAGCUUGAAUCUUGACAUGCAUCAGAGGGUCCACACAGGAGAGAAACCCUACAAGUGUGGGGAGUGUGGUAAGCACUUCAGUCAGGCCUCGAGUCUUAAGGUUCAUCAGAGUGUCCACAGUGAAGAGAAACCAUACAAAUGUGACGUAUGUGGCAAGGUCUUCCGUCACUCUUCACAGCUACAAUCUCAUCAGCGGGUUCACACAGGGGAGACACCUUACAAGUGUGAGACAUGUGGCCAGAGCUUCCGUUGGCGAUCAAAACUUUCCCAUCAUCGCAAAACUCAUGGUGGCAAUACAAUUUAUGAAAGUAACAAGAAUGGUAAGAACAUCAAAGAAUCGUCAGGAAGAAGUUCUCCAGAAUGAUGUUUUAUAAAACCCUGGAUUCUUAUUAUCAUUUAGUCUCAUAAGAGAGAAAAUACUUGUGUUAAUUUUGUUGGUAUUUAAGCAAUAAUCAAAUUUAUCUCAGUUUUCACCAGAUCACACAGUGGAGGAACCUUGUAAGUGAUGUGAUAAGUCUUUGUUCAGAAUCACUUAGGAGGUAGUACUUAGGAAAAGAGUUUGAUCUGGCACUUAACACAAGUAUAAUGAUGGGCGUACCAGAAUUGAUACCCAAUAGAAUGUCAGCUUCAUGAGGGCAGGGACUUUGCUGCUAAAUCUACACAGCCCUCGAAGCUGGAGGCAUAAUUCUAGACCUCCAGUAAUAUUGCAAAGCUGUGUAAACAAAACAAUAUGGUACUGGCACAAAAAUAGACACAUAGGUCAUUAAACAGAAUAGAAAACUCAGAAAUGAACCCAAAGUAUAUGUUCAGUUAAUUUAUGACAAAGCAGGAAAGAAUAACCAAUGGGGGAAAAAAAAGCAGGUUUUUUUUUUCAACAACUGUUAUUGGGAAAACUAGAGAGCAACAUGCAAAAGAAUGAAAUUGAACCAUUUUCUUACAUCAUACAUAUAAAUAAAUCCAAAAUAGAUUAAAGACCUAAGUGUGAUGGGACCUGAAACCAUAAAAGUCCUUGAAGAAAGCACAGGC